AAGCAAACUAAAAUCCUUCAAAAAUACAAUCAUUAUCAAGUCGACUCUCACAUUUUACUGUUUACAUUCUGAUGCAACCACAGAUUGCAAUUUGAAUUUAUCCAAACAUGCAAAAAAGAGGUACCCAUUUCUCCUUUUUUCUAUAAAUAAUCACCAGACUUUAAAGUAAAUGGAUUCUAAGGCCUUCUGGACCACCACAUUUCAUAACAUUUUCAUGGCUUCUUUCUGGUUAUGAAGAAAACCCCAGUUGGGGAUCACUGUCAGGCCUUGAAGUCUCAGCCAUGAAAGACACUAGUACCUAAUCCAUCAAGUUCUGUCAUGGUCCAGGCAUCAUGACGACCUUUGCCACUAGCACUUGAUAAUCUGUACUAGAGAGAGAGAGAGAAACAGAGAGAGAGAGAGAGAGAGAGAGAGAGAGAGAGAGAGAGAGAGAGAGAGAGAGAGAGAGAGAGAGAGAGAGAGAGGGUUCUCCCUUGUUCCCCCAAACACUUCAAAGAGAGAGAGAGAGAGGGUUCUCUCUUGUUCUCCCAAACACUUCAAAGAAACCAUGGGUUCAUCAGCACAUGAACCUCGCUCUCUGGAAGAGCUCGACACUGAAGGUGGUCGUCCGCCACGGAUAGUUGGCUUGGUGCUGAAUUCUCCCAAGCCACCCUCUCUAUUGCACAAGCUCACAGACUUAAUAAGAAACACUGUCGUUCCUCAUGGAGACAAGUCUUCUUAUCCAUUUAAAGAACCGGCGCUGAAAUGCAUCAUUUCAGCCUUGCAGUCUGUGUUUCCAAUUCUCAGUUGGGGAAGAACGUACAAUGCAAAGAAGCUCAGGAGUGAUGUCAUGGCGGGUUUAACUCUUGCAAGUCUUAGCAUUCCACAGAGCAUCGGAUACGCUAGUUUGGCGAGGCUUGAUCCUCAGUAUGGUCUCUAUACCAGCGUUGUCCCGCCACUGAUUUAUGCUGUUAUGGGGAGUUCGAGGGAGAUAGCCAUCGGUCCGGUUGCGGUAGUUUCACUGCUGCUGUCUUCCAUGCUUCAGAAAGUAGUAGAUCCUUCUGCUGAACCACUCGCAUACAGAAAGUUGGCUUUCACUGCAACUUUCUUUGCUGGUGUCUUCCAAUCAACAUUUGGAUUGUUCAGGCUUGGUUUUCUUGUAGACUUCCUCUCACAUGCUGCCAUCGUUGGGUUCAUGGGAGGUGCAGCCAUCGUGAUCGGGCUGCAACAAUUGAAAGGACUACUUGGAAUUACUCACUUCACAAACAGAACUGAUGUGAUCUCUGUCAUGAAGGCCGUUUGGAACUCAAUUCAUCCUCCUUGGAACCCACACAACUUUAUGCUUGGAUGCUCGUUCCUGAUCUUCAUCCUAAUCACCAGAUUCUUGGGUAAAAGGAACAAGAAACUCUUCUGGUUACCGGCCAUCGCUCCUCUGAUAUCUGUCAUUUUAUCAACUCUUCUGGUCUUCGUGACAAGAGCUGAUAAGCAUGGAGUUAAAAUAGUGAAACACUUCAAAGGAGGCUUAAACCCAAGCUCACUUCACCAACUGCAACUCAACGGGCCUCAUGUAGGAGAAGCUGCGAAAAUUGGACUGAUUUGUGCGAUCGUCGGUCUCACGGAAGCUAUUGCUAUCGGCCGAUCUUUCGCAUCUAUAAAAGGCUACCACCUUGAUGGAAACAAGGAAAUGGUAGCCAUGGGCUGCAUGAACAUUGCAGGAUCUUUAUCUUCUUGCUAUAUAGCAACAGGUUCGUUCUCUCGCACUGCUGUAAAUUACAGCGCAGGCUGCCAAACAGCAGUCUCCAAUAUCGUCAUGGCCGUUACAGUUUUUAUGUCCUUGGAGCUGCUUACUAGGCUGCUGUAUUUCACUCCCAUUGCCAUCCUCGCUUCGAUUAUUCUAGCCUCAAUUCCGGGACUGAUCGAUGUUGGGGAAGCUUACAACAUCUGGAAGGUUGAUAAACUAGACUUCCUCGUCUGCUUUGGAGCUUUCGUCGGUGUGUUAUUCGCAUCUGUGGAGAUUGGUCUUUUAACUGCUAUAAUAAUCUCCUUUGCCAAGAUACUACUAAAUGCAAUCCGACCAGGUAUAGAAAUACUGGGAAGAAUUCAGGGAACAGACAUCUUCUGCAGCAUCAAACAGUAUCCUAUUGCAAUGAGGACUCCUGGCCUGCUGAUAACCCGCAUCGACUCCGGAUUCCUUUGUUUCAUCAAUGCCAGCUUCAUUAGAGACAGGAUCAUGAGAUGGGUGAACGAACAAAAGGAGACAAAGGAGAAUGCACAGCAGAGAAUUCUAGCAGUAAUAAUUGACAUGUCGAACGUGAUCAACAUUGAUACAUCUGGAAUACAAGCCUUAGAAGAGCUACAUAAGAAGCAGCUGUCCCAAGGCUUACAUCUAGCGAUAGUCAACCCCGGCUGGCAAGUGAUACACAAGCUGAAAUUAGCCAAGUUUGUGAAUAAAAUAGGAGGGGAAUGGAUCUUCCUUACUGUCGAAGAAGCUGUAAAUGCAUGCCUUGGGUUGGACCAGGCUAGUAUGAAGUGUUAGUGACUAAGUACUGUCAUUCCUUUCUCGAGCUUGCGACACAAGCAGAAUCGCCGAAGUAUUUGGAUGUGGUUUGGGAUUUAAUCUCUUUACCAUGCAAGAAAUUGCAAAGCAGGGCGAUUAAUAAUUGCAAACCAGAAAGAAUUAGUUUAUUCUGCCUACCAUGAUGUUUGUGUUUUGUAAGUGGAGUAGUUUAGUAGAUUAAUACAUGUAGUGCUUCUCUAUGUAUGAAGAGCUUGAAAGUUGAACUUUCAAGGUUUUAAUUUUUAAAGUGUGGGGUGACGUAACUAUAAUAGAGUAGUUAAACAGUGUUAAGUGUUUGGUUUGCUUGUUAAAAAAAAAAAUGUUUGAAAUGUAUGAAUGUGAUUAUUCACGCCA